AUGGGAGGCAGUUGCUUUGUGAAAACAGGAGAGGCUGGUUGGACUUCAGACCAAUGGGGCCACUCACGCUUCAAGGCGACCAAUUCUUCUGCAGAAAGUGUUGCUUACCGUCAACAACUGAACACCUUCAUGCGAGGGCUCCUAAAGAUGAUGAAUGAGCAUCUUGACUCUUGGCCAUUUAAGGAACCCGUUGAUCCACGUGAUGUGCCAGACUACUAUGACAUCAUUAAAGAUCCCAUGGAUCUAAGAACGAUGUCAAAGAGACUCGAGUCUGAGCUGUACUAUGUUACUUUCGAGAUGUUUGUAGCAGAUGUGAAGAGAAUGUUUGCAAAUGCACGCACCUACAACUCCCCUGAGACUAUCUAUUACAAAUGUGCAACCCGGCUUGAAAACUAUUUCUCAAACAAGGUGCAGGCUCAUCUCCAGGCCUCUAGCAAGAUUGCUUGAGAUUCCCCUUCUAAACAAGACACACUUCGCUUGAUCUUGGAUUAGGGCUUCUCUGUUAAUUCUCAUAAUACAGUUGAUCUGACGGUUAAAUAUCACUUUGUGGAAAGUUGAUUAAUUUUACCAUUGAUGACUAACCUAAGUAGUGUGAUUGGGCAUCUCUUCGAACAUUUGAAAAGAUUGUGUAGAAUUGUUCAUAUAUUUUAAAUAGUGACAAAUAAAAAUAUAAUUGACAAAUUAUUAAA